AUGCUGGUCAGAUGUCAGACAUCAUUAGUUCGCCGUAUUUCGAGGCAUUUAUCCAUAGUUUCCCGUAAUUUACUAACAAAAAGAUUCGCAAUGAAUGAGGAGUGGCAUGUCAGGCAUGAUGCACUACGCGAAUUGGGCAUCGAAGGUGGAUAUGAAUGGAUUGUUGCUGUGCACAAAAAAUUUGCAACUUCUCGUUCAGCUAGUGCAGUGGAUGUUGAUGCAGCUCUUUGUAUGGCAGAAGAAGCUGAUCAACUAAAUGAUGUGUUAAAAAUCGUAUAUAGGCUGAGACAUACAGAAACGACCAGUCAUAUGCUUCCUUCAACAGCAUAUGCCCUUAUUAGACUUCUAUUGAAACAUCAGAAAGACGACAUUCUUUUGGCUGUGCUUUCUGAUCCGAUAAAUUAUGGAAUUUUUCUGGACGAACAUUCAGCUUGUCUUGCCAUCGAUCAUUUUCUGGAAUCGAAAAAAAUUGCAGAUGCUGCAAGAAUAGUCAGUUUUGUAAUGCUGCAAGAAAUGUUCCAAUCGACUUUGUUAAACUGGAUGUGUAUUUAUUGUGCUUUAAAAUGGAUCGAAUUAUCUGAUGAACAAAGGGUGUUCAGAGAACUUACUUCAUUAAAUUUUAUCAGUGGCGAAGACGAUAGUUCGAAAAGUAUAGAUGAAGAAGAUGAGAGGAUUUUCAAGUUUCCAUACUUGAAAAAUGAUUUUAACGACAUGCACUUCGACCUCACUGAUCCUGAUCAGCUUGUUGGAAAAAGUUUGCUUUGGUUUAGUAACAAUGUUUUAAUGAAUGAAAAUGACGCCAACAAUAUUCGUUUCAUUGGAUCUGUCUUUUUUGGUGAUUAUCUCAUGGCUAAACAAAUUUUUCAUACAACUACCCUCUUAUCAUCUGUUGUCGAGAUUUGUUGGGCCAAAUUAGAGAGGCGGAUAGUUGAAGCUGAUUCUGAAGAACAAUUAGAAUCACAUCCUUCCAAAAUUGAUAUGGUUGAAUUAAAAGCACUUCUGGAAAAGGUUGAAAAAGUAAAUACGGCUGCGAACUUAUCAGAAAAAAUUUUAAAUCAUUUAUUGGCUAUACAGUGUAUUGAAGAAGAGAAUCUAAUGAACAUACAGAGAGUUGCUUUUUCUGGUUGGAUCCAGAAUCGUGCUACUCUUAUUAAAACUCAGCUUGAGCAAUUGGAUUUGAAGCUACAAAUAAAUAAAAUUAAUGAAGAACGCCAAAAGUUGCGCGAUCAGUGGGAAGUCUUAAAUUUCUUUGAAAAUCGUUCAAAAUGGGAGGAUAUGGCGAAUGUGAAAGACGAACUUCUGAAAGUUGAACAACGAAAAACAAAGAGUAAAGAAGAUCUUGAACAAGAAUACAUCAAUGAAGAUUCUGAGUUGUAUCUGAUGGGGUCAAGAGAUUUGCAGACACGCUGCCGCAUACGUAUGUUUACUCUUCCCGUACCAAUUUAUUUUCGUGUUUUUCAAGCGUUGUCAUUUUUUCUGUUAUUUAACUUUUGUGGAUACUUUGCAGUAACAGAACGUCUAUCAGAGAGUGCCCAUAUUACCGAUCAUGACCCGUCACUGGCUCUUUAUCGAGUUUAUGAACACAUUGGGAAAACUUUGCCUACGCUUGUGAAUCGGAAAUAUGUAAUGGCCGAUUUAAAUUCUCGCCUGCAAGGAGCAUGUUUCGACUUGGACAACGUACUUUCGACAGUGCAGUACAUGAAAAAAGCUGCAACAAAUUUCGAUAAUAUUCAGUCAAUGCUUCGAGAUUGUGUCCAUUACAAGCAGUUGCUAAAUUAUUCAACUAAGUAA